AUGGCCGAGCAACCCAUCAUUGGAGUACACGUUGAGAAAGUGAGCAGUGUGUAUUGGGGUACAGUGUGGUCUCGGCCCAGGAGCAGUGUGUAUUGGGGGUACAGCGUGGUCUCGGCCCAGGAGCAGUGUGUAUUGGGGGUACAGUGUGGUCUCGGCCCAGGAGCAGUGUGUAUUGGGGGUACAGCGUGGUCUCGGCCCAGGAGCAGUGUGUAUUGGGGGUACAGUGUGGUCUCGGCCCAGGAGCAGUGUGUAUUGGGGGUACAGUGUGGUCUCGGCCCAGGAGCAGUGUGUAUUGGGGGUACAGUGUGGUCUCGGCCCAGGAGCAGUGUGUAUUGGGGGUACAGCGUGGUCUCGGCCCAGGAGCAGUGUGUAUUGGGGGUACAGUGUGUAUUGGGGGUACAGUGUGGUCUCGGCCAAGGAGCAGUGUGUAUUGGGGGUACAGAGUGGUCUCGGCCCAGGAGCAGUGUGUAUUGGGGGUACAGAGUGGUCUCGGCCCAGGAGCAGUGUGUAUUGGGGGUACAGUGUGGUCUCGGCCCAGGAGCAGUGUGUAUUGGGGGUACAGUGUGGUCUCGGCCCAGGAGCAGUGUGUAUUGGGGGUACAGUGUGGUCUCGGCCCAGGAGCAGUGUGUAUUGGGGGUACAGUGUGGUCUCGGCCCAGGAGCAGUGUGUAUUGGGGGUACAGUGUGGUCUCGGCCCAGGAGCAGUGUGUAUUGGGGGUACAGUGUGGUCUCGGCCCAGGUGCAGUGAAUAAAAGGUGUCCAGUGAAUUAACUACUGGUGUUCGACGGGGAGGAAAAAAACAACUUGAACUGCGUUGCCUUUUUUUUCUCCCCUCAGUCUUUUCUCUGUGUGCUGUUCUGUUAUAUGUACAUUUUAUAAGUACUGACGAACAUGUACAGCUUUAUUUUACUGGUUAAAAUGAGAUGUUCUCUUCUCUCAUGUUGCUGCGUUCUCUACUGACUCCUGUCUGUGCUCUACAGUCACGUCUUUUCCAGAACCACACGACAAUCAAAAGAAAAGGCGACAGAAAUCCCCCAAACGUUUCGCAUUAGGGACCUGAACGAUGACCGACGUCUUCUCGCUUCACAAGGCUGGGAAUCAACGACCCUCUUUCGUCUUUUGAGAUAUAUGUUUUAACCCCUUGAAGAUAUUUCCCCCCCAUUUGUAUUCAAAAAAAGAAUGACGAAGCAACAAUUGUACAUUUUAAUACUUGUAGGAUACAACUGUCAAAAAAAGAGACAAACGUCAAGGUUGAGCUACACCUUGAGGGACUCGCUUGGUAAAGUAUAGAAUAGUCAUUACCAAGGUGAAGGAUCUAAAUAUCCCUUUAGCAACACAACGUAAAGUAUAGAAUAGUCAUUACCAAGGUGAAGGAUCUAAAUAUCCCUUUAGCAACACAACGUAAAGUAUAGAAUAGUCAUUACCAAGGUGAAGGAUCUAAAUAUCCCUUUAGCAACACAACGUAAAGUAUAGAAUAGUCAUUACCAAGGUGAAGGAUCUAAAUAUCCCUUUAGCAACACAACUUAAAGUAUAGAAUAGUCAUUACCAAGGUGAAGGAUCUAAAUAUCCCUUUAGCAACACAACGUAAAGUAUAGAAUAGUCAUUACCAAGGUGAAGGAUCUAAAUAUCCCUUUAGCAACACAACGUAAAGUAUAGAAUAGUCAUUACCAAGGUGAAGGAUCUAAAUAUCCCUUUAGCAACAACUUAAAGUAUAGAAUAGUAAUUACCAAGGUGAAGGAUCUAAAUAUCCCUUUAGCAACACAACUUAAAGUAUAGAAUAGUCAUUACCAAGGUGAAGGAUCUAAAUAUCCCUUUAGCAACACAACUUAAAGUAUAGAAUAGUCAUUACCAAGGUGAAGGAUCUAAAUAUCCCUUUAGCAACACAACUUAAAGUAUAGAAUAGUCAUUACCAAGGUGAAGGAUCUAAAUAUCCCUUUAGCAACACAACUUAAUUUCAACACAACUUAAAGUGAUAAGAACUCUAAUACACAUGCAUACAAACAUUUUAAAAAGUGACAAAAUACUACAUUUACAUGGUAAGGAAGAGGUUAUCAUAAAGUAGAAGUUGCUAUAACAGGUGUAACAGCCAUAAAAAAGCCAGAUGACGGUUUGCAACUGCACAUGGGGACAAAGAUCGUACUUUUUGGAGAAAUGUCCUCUGGUCUGAUGAAACAAAAACUGUUUGGCCAUAAUGACCAUCGUUAUGU